UCACUGAAUAAAACGAAGGUUUACUUCGAGCUCACACUAUCCCCCAAACAAAUAAACCAACUCUUCACUCGGACACGGCGGUGGAACGACGGCCAAUAUCAUUAAACGACACCGUCUCGCUCCUCCUCCGAUUCAAGGUUUGUGCUCAAAGAUAAGAACUUUUUAAAAGUUCAAAUUUCAAGUAUAUUGAGCGGGAUUUGACAUGUCAAGAUUUCAUGUUCGUGGGAAAGUGGUUGAUACUGUUGAUUUGUUGAGGAAGAGGAACCUACUAUGGCGCUUUGACGUCUGGCCUUUUGCCAUAAUCUAUGCUGUUUGGAUUGUUGUCGUAGUUCCUAGCUUGGACUUGGUCGAUGCCUUUAUAAUACUUGGUGGCCUCGUAGCUGUGCAUGUUCUUGUAUUUCUCUUCACUGUUUGGUCAGUGGAUUUCAAAUGUUUUAUCCAAUAUUCCAAGGUUUCUGACAUUCAACAAGCCGAUGGGUGCAAGAUAACUCCAGCUAAAUUUUCUGGUGCUAAGGAAAUUGUUCCACUUAAAUGUCGGAAGUUAUCUGUAUCUUCAUCCACUGCAGUCCAGGAUGAAGUUUAUUUUGACUUCAGAAAGCAAUGUUUUAUUUACUCAAAGGAGAAUCAAACCUUCAAUAAGCUUCCUUACCCUUCCAAGGAGCAAUUUGGCUACUAUCUUAGAAGUACCGGCUAUGGCACAGAGUCUAAGAUCGUUGCUGCUACUCAGAAAUGGGGACGUAAUGUAUUUGAAUAUCCACAACCUACAUUCCAGAAGUUGAUGAAAGAACAUUGCAUGGAGCCCUUCUUUGUGUUUCAGGUAUUCUGUGUAGGGCUGUGGUGUUUGGAUGAAUACUGGUACUACAGUCUGUUUACCCUGUUUAUGCUGUUUAUGUUUGAGUCGACAAUGGCAAAAGCGCGGUUAAAGACUCUAUCUGAGCUUCGACGCGUAAGAGUAGAUGGCCAAACUCUAAUGGUGUACCGCUGUGGAAAGUGGGUUAAAAUAUCUGGGACAGAUCUUCUGCCAGGGGAUGUUGUAUCUAUUGGCCGCUCCACUGAUCAAAACGGAGAGGAUAAGGCUGUUCCUGCUGACAUGCUUAUAUUAUCCGGGAGUGCUAUUGUAAACGAAGCAAUAUUGACUGGCGAAUCUACCCCACAAUGGAAGGUCUCCAUCAUAGGAAGAGGGGCUGAAGAGAACUUAUCUGCCAGGCGAGAUAAAAGUCAUGUUCUUUUUGGGGGCACAAAGAUAUUGCAACAUACAUCUGAUAAGACCUGUCAUUUGAGGACUCCUGAUGGGGGCUGCCUUGCUGUUGUCCUACGAACUGGGUUUGAGACUACUCAAGGAAAAUUGAUGAGGACAAUUCUUUUCUCAACAGAGAGGGUCACUGCUAACAGCUGGGAAAGUGGCCUCUUUAUUUUGUUCUUAGUUAUAUUCGCUUUAAUUGCUGCUGGUUAUGUACUUGUGAAGGGACUUGAGGACCCAACUAGGAGUAGAUAUAAGCUUAUACUUAGUUGUUCUUUGAUCAUCACUUCUGUUAUACCGCCAGAGCUACCAAUGGAGCUAUCAAUAGCUGUUAAUACAUCUUUGAUCGCACUGGCUCGACGCGGGAUAUUUUGUACAGAACCUUUUCGUAUCCCUUUUGCUGGGAAGGUUGAUAUAUGUUGCUUCGAUAAGACUGGGACACUAACAUCUGAUGACAUGGAGUUUUCUGGGGUUGGUGGAUUGACAGAAAGCUCAGACUUAGAAACUGAAAUGACCAAUGUUCCCACUCGCACUCUGGAAAUUCUAGCAUCUUGCCAUGCACUGGUUUUUGUGGAGAACAAGCUGGUUGGUGAUCCUCUGGAGAAGGCUGCAGUGAAAGGGAUUGAAUGGACUUACAAGUCUGAUGAGAAAGCCAUGCCGAAAAAGGGAAGUGGAAAUGCUGUUCAGAUUGUGCAGAGGCACCACUUUGCUUCUCAUUUAAAGAGGAUGGCUGUUGUUGUUCGUAUUGAGGAGCAGUUCUUUGCGUUUGUCAAGGGUGCACCGGAGACCAUACAAGGAAGACUAACCAAUGUGCCCGUGUCUUUUGUAAAUACCUACAAGAAAUAUACUCGUCAAGGUUCUCGUGUUUUGGCGCUGGCAUUUAAGUCGCUACCUGAAAUGACAGUCAGUGAAGCUAGAAACUUGGACAGAGACCUGGUGGAGAGUGAGCUUAACUUUGCUGGUUUUGCGGUGUUUAAUUGUCCUAUAAGAGGUGAUUCAGCCACUGUGUUGUCCGAGCUAAGAGGAUCAUCACAUGACUUGGUGAUGAUCACAGGUGACCAAGCAUUGACAGCUUGUCAUGUUGCUGGGCAAGUUAAUAUCAUUACCAAGCCUCCGCUGAUUCUUACACCAGGAAACAAUGGUGGAACUUAUGAUUGGGUCUCUCCAGACGAAGCUCAAACAAUUGCUUAUAGUGAUGAAGAAGUUGAAACUUUAUCCGAGGUUCAUGAUCUCUGCAUUGGAGGUGACUGUAUUGAAAUGUUGCAGCAGACGUCCGCUGUUCAAAGUGUCAUUCCUUAUGUGAAGGUUUUUGCGAGGGUGGCUCCUGAGCAGAAAGAACUCAUCAUGACUACUUUCAAGAUGGUUGGCAGGAUGACUUUAAUGUGUGGUGAUGGGACGAAUGAUGUGGGAGCUUUAAAGCAGGCUCAUGUAGGAGUGGCUUUGUUAAAUGCAAUUCCUCCUCAAAGUGAUAAGUCACAGUCUGAAGCAUCAUCCAAAAAUGAUAGCGGAAAAUCUGGUAAAGGAAAAAAAGCCAAGGCUACAACAGAAGCAGGAAAAUCCCUCGCUAUAAAUGGAGAUAGCUCUUCUAAAAGUAGAGCUGCUGCAAGAUCAGAUUCCACCAGCCAAUCAGCUGGUAACCGCCAUCUGACAGCAGCAGAGAUGCAGCGGAAGAAACUUAAGAAGCUUAUGGAUGAGUUGAAUGAAGAGGGUGAUGGUCAUGGAGCUCCAGUUGUUAAGCUUGGAGAUGCCUCAAUGGCAUCACCAUUCACAGCAAAGCAUGCAUCCGUUGCACCUACUACUGACAUAAUACGUCAGGGUCGGAGUACUCUGGUAACUACACUCCAAAUGUUCAAGAUACUUGGCCUUAAUUGUCUUGCUACAGCCUACGUUCUGAGUGUGAUGUACUUGGAUGGUGUCAAAUUGGGUGAUGUCCAAGCCACAAUUAGUGGAGUUUUUACUGCUGCCUUCUUUUUAUUUAUCUCUCAUGCGAAGCCCCUUCCCACCUUGUCAUCUGAGCGUCCCCAUCCCAAUAUCUUUUGUUACUAUGUCUUCCUUUCUCUCCUUGGCCAAUUCUCUCUCCACAUUUUGUUUUUAAUUUCUUCAGUGAAAGAGGCUGAAAAAUACAUGCCUGAGGAGUGUAUUGAACCAGAUUCUAGUUUCCAUCCUAACCUUGUAAAUACAGUUUCAUACAUGGUGAACAUGAUGAUCCAGGUUGCUACAUUUGCUGUGAAUUAUAUGGGCCACCCUUUCAAUCAAAGUAUUUCUGAAAACAAACCGUUCUUUUAUGCCCUUUUGGCCGCUGUUGGCUUCUUCACUGCCAUCACCUCAGAUCUAUUUAGGGACUUGAAUGACUGGUUGAAAUUGGUCCCAAUGCCAAGAGGACUAAGGGACAAGAUUCUCAUCUGGGCAUUCCUUAUGUUCUUGUGUUGCUAUGUGUGGGAAAGGUUUUUGAGAUGGGCUUUUCCCGGUAAGAUGCCAGUGUUGAAGAAGCGACAGCAGCCAGCUGGAAAUGAUCAAGAAAGGAAAAAAUUGCUAUAAGUUGCAAAAGAUACAUGUGAAUCUGAACUGCACCUGUGUGUGCCACUAGAAACAGCUAUAGACAGUUUUGAUAGAGCAACAGAGUCUUUGCUGAAGGUGCUGGGCUUUGCUUAUAGGCACUCCUGCAUUUAAUCUGUUCAGAGAUGUUGUAACUGUAUCCUUUAGAUCAUUAUAGAUUUUCAAUUUUUUUUUUUUGUA